UUACUGCUAUUGACGUUUUACAACUAAUAAUCUGUCAAAAGUCAAAACAAAGUGUGGAGUGAGAAAUAGAACCGUGAUAUUUAAGCGAAAACAAAAACAAUAACAAUUUCAUAUUCUUUAUAAAUUAUAUGCAAUGCGUUGGAGUGAGGCGGUGACUUUAGAAUUCGUCAAAAUUUAUCUGAACCACGAAUGCUUAUGGAACCCUGCACAUUCAGGCUACAAAUUAAAAUAUGAACGGGAAAAGGCAUACAAUGAAAUCGUGACUGAGUUUAAAGCAUCUACAAUGAAAACACUGAGUGUACCUGAAGUUAAGAUGAAGAUAAAGAACCUGCGAACCACCUAUGUGCAGCAAGUACACAAAAUACUACAGAAAUCUAGUCCGGACUGCAUUUAUGAGCCAUCGCUCGUGUGGUUCAAUGAGAUGGACCAAUGCUUAAAGCACAUAUCAAGCAUUCGACAGACGUCGUCUUGUAAUCAAGAAUCAUCAGACAUAAAUUCCAAUCAAAUGUGGGUAGAGAAUGAACUACAAAAUUGCAAUUCAGAGGAAACCAACACCUUACUACUGCCAACUGAUGACGAAUAUGACCUCACAAUUCCAGUAUCCAAAAUAAAGUUAGAAGGAGACUUACCACUUAUAAAGAACCACCAGAAAAAAACAAAAAAAAGAAAAUUGCGACAUCAGAAAAUUAUAAAAGAUUAUUCAACAGAUUCUAGCAUAGAAAGUAUGAUAAGUGAAGAUGAAUUUGAUAUCUACGGCAAGUUCAUAGCUACGCAGUUAAGGAAAAUGAACGCACAAAGGGCAAUAAGACUGCAGCUUGAAAUUCAAAAUCUUGUUAGUGAAGCUCGAAUAACAGAUUUAAACCAUUAACAGUAUUAGAAUUUUAUUGUAUGUAUAAUUGUUCUUUUCUGAUUAUUUUAAGAAGUUACAAAUAAUUUAGUUGUAGAUUAUUUCUAAGUAAGUACCAAAGAAGCAAUACAAUUUUAUGGAGUA